CCACCCCUUGUUCUCCACCAUCUCUCACCCCUUCAAACCCCUUAAAAGGAAGCCUUCCUCCCCAUCCCUUCUUCCCUCUCUCAAUUCUUCACCAACUUUGCACUCUCUAUCUCUCUCCAAUAAAUCUAUCUAUACCUUAUAUUUCAACAGCAAAAUAAGGAAGAAGAGGACUAUGAAGGCCACGCUGUUUGAAAGCCCCCCUUCAAAAGAGAAGGAAGGAUGGGGUGGAGGAGGGUUGCAUGAAGAUAGAGCUAAGGAAAGAGCCAGUGGCUUAAAGAACCACCUUGAGCUGAGGCUUGGUAUCUCCUCAAACGAUGGCGAUGGCGAUGGCUCCGACGACACGGUGGCUACCACCACCAGUGAUGGAAAAUCUGGUGGAGGGAGCGGACCGAGUUGCUUGGCCUCCCCGCCGGAUAGGCUACGUCUUAGAGCGGACAAGACAUGGCUUCCUCAAACCCACACUGGAUUCAUUCACCCUUGGAGUCUUGCUGCACGGCAACAGAAGGCAGUCCUCGAGCAAGCUCGCCACAAUUCCAAUCCUCCUCCUCCUCCUUCUACCAUACCACGAGCCAUAGAUCCACCAUCUUUUCCACCAGUCGUGGGGUGGCCUCCAAUUUGUGCUUUUCGAAGGAAUUUAGUAGAUCCACAAUCAUUGAAAUCUGAGAUGGAUGGAGAAAAAGAUGUUACAAGAGUGAAGCCGAUGGAGGUAGAAGCCAUAAUCAAAGAGCUUGAGGUAAAACCUACAAUGUUUGUGAAAGUAAAUAUGGAAGGGUACUUCGUCGGAAGAAAGAUUGACUUGAACGCUCAUGAUAGCUAUGAAUCGCUCUUUCGGGCCCUCAAAAAAAUGUUCCACAAUUUUCUCUCUAUUGAUGAUUCAAAUAACUCUAAUGGGCAAGAACAAGAUGAAGUGGCUUCUUCCGACUUCAUUCUUAUUUAUGAAGAUCAUGAAGGUGAUAGAAUGCUUGUGGGAGAUGUGCCAUGGAAGUUAUUCCUCACUUCAGUAAAAAGGCUAUAUAUUGCCUAUAAUCCGAAUGCACUGCAUAAAGUUGAUGGAGAAGUCGCUAGACAUCAAAACUAAGUGAGUAAUCAAUAAAGCAGAGUGAAAGAGAAAGGAGGCACUAUGUUGUAACCAAUCUACUGUUUUCACUUUGUUAAUGUUGUACUUUAUCUUUAAUUUGUUGUGAGUGAGAAGUUAAUAAUGUAAUUCAAUCAUUUUGUCAGGCUUAUCUAGUAGUGGGACAUGUAUCAUGUACGUCUUAGUUAAUCAAAUCAAAAUUCAAGAUAUAUGAUAAUUGAGCCCGAUGCCAUUAUUAGCUUGAA